AUGGUCUUUGGCACUCAACGACCACCCUCCGACGACUCUAAGGAAAUGGCACCACCUACUCAUACGAAUUUGAUGCGUGAUUUACUACGAGCGGUACAAGAGUUGAGCAGGCAAAAUCAAGCACCUCCACCACAAAAUGCACCGCCACAGCAGAAUGCACUGCAUUUAGCCCCUGGAGUUGUCUCAGUGGUUGAGCAGUUUCGUAGGUACAAGCCUUCCACUUUUGACAGUAAUUCUAAACCACUGGUUGUCAAAGAGUGGAUAAGAGGUCUGGAGCGCAUAUUUCGACACAUUGCUUGUACUGAUGCACAGAAAGUGUUAUGUGCAGAAUUUAUGUUGAUUGGAGCAGCUAGUCACUGGUGGGAAUCUGUUUCACGUACAAGGAUAGAAGAGCAGCAAUGUAAUCUAACUUGGGAGCAGUUUAAAGACGAAGUGAUGGCAAAAUAUUUUCCACAAGCUUUAAGGGACUUCAAGGAAUCAGAAUUUCUGCAGCUCAGACAGGAGAACAUGUCACUUACUGAUUACGAAAGGCAAUUUGAGAAACUCUCAAGGUAUGCCCCGCACUUGGUGGAUACAGAAGUUAAGAAGAUUAGGAGGUUCGAGAAUGGACUGCGCCCUGAGAUCAGCAUGAUCAUUAUGUCCCAUCGUUUCACCUUAUCUCGUGAAAUGUUGGAGAGCGCUCACGCUAUUUCAUAUCAGAGGACCUCAUUUGAACAGUAUGCCCAGCAAAGUAAAGAUUCGUUUGGAAAAAGGAAGUGGAGUGAUCAAAGAAAAAAUAGAUGCAACUGGCAGAAUAAAAGGCCAAGCACAGGAAUUCGCAUUAGUGGGACGAGUGGAAGUAUUACACCCUGUUCUAAGUGUAAUAAACUCCACAAGGGUGAAUGCUUGCUCGGGAAGAACGUGUGCUUUAGGUGUGGUAAGCCCGGACACAUCGUUCUCAACUGUCCAGAGCCUCUAAAGAAGAAGGAUGAUGAUCAAGACCCAAACAAGAAAGGAAAGGCCCGAGUUUUCGCACUAAAUCAGCAUGAGGCGGAGCAAGAUCCGAAAGUGAUAGCAGGAAUUCUGUUAUUAUCCAAUGUGCCUACUUACGUACUUUUUGAUUUCGGGGCUACCAAUUCUUUUAUAUGUGCAUCUUUUGUCGCUAGGUCCAACUAUGCAUGUGUUAGAACGGAUAAUGAAUUAGAGGUUAGCAUCCCGUCAGGAAAAACUCUUUGCACAAACCAGAUGACUAAAUCUAUGAAGUUAGAGAUUGAAGGAAAAAUAUUGGAAGCAGACUUAUACCUCUUGGAAAUGAAAGAUUUCGAUGUUAUUUUAGGCAUGGAUUGGUUAGGACUUAAUCAUGCAACCAUUCGAUGUCACGAAAAAGAAGUGCAAUUUCAUAGACUAGGAGAGGAAGAGUUCCAUUUCUUUGGAGCAAAGUUCAAAUUCCUACCUCGUCUUAUAUCAGCUAUACAAGCGAAGAAGAUGUUGAGGAAAAAGUCAUGCCAGGGAUUCUUGGUUAGCAUUAUUGGUUCUCAACAUAUAGAGACGACUGUUAACGAUAUCAAUAUCGUGCGAGACUUUGCAGAUGUGUUCCCAGAAGAUUUGCCAGGCAUUCCACCAGGUAGGCAAGUGGAAUUUACAAUUGAUUUGAUUCCUGAAGCAGCACCAGUAUCCAAGGCCCCGUAUAGAAUGACACCGAAAGAACUUCAAGAAUUGAAGUUGCAAUUGGAAGAAUUGCUAGAGAAAGGUUUCAUUCGACCGAGUGUAUCUCCUUGGGGAGCUCCUGUACUUUUUGUCAAGAAGAAGGAUGGGAGUAUGAGGAUGUGCAUUGACUACCGAGAAUUGAACCAUCUGACCAUCAAAAAUAAGUAUCCGUUGCCAAGAAUAGAAGAUUUGUUUGACCAGUUAAGGGGGUGCAUCAGUGUUUUCAAAGAUCGACUUGAGGUCAGGAUAUCAUCAACUGAAAAUCAGGGCAAGCGAUAUACCGAAAACUGCUUUCAGGACUCGGUAUGGGCAUUAUGA